AAAGAAACAUGAAAGCGACAUUGGUAAUAGUUCUACUUUCAGCAUUUUCAUCUUCGGUUUUUGCCGAAUGUGACUUUGAGAACUUCAGAUGCUGUAUUACAGAGUUUUUGAGAUUUGUCAGCCCGUCUGGAAUAACACUAACUGAGAAAAAUUUGAACUCUUCCUGCACAGUGCGCAACGAAACGAUAGAAUGUUUGGAAGAUUUUGAAGACCAAUGCCUGAACGAAGAUAACAAAGACUUUGGCAAAACGAUCAAUGAUACAAAAGCAUACGUUGACGAGAUGUGUACUCCAGAAUCGGAUUUCAUAUUGGGUGUCAGAAAGAAUGAAAAUUGCUUCAAAAGUUCAAGUACUAGUUUUGAGCAAUGCCUAAAGACUAAGAUAACUCCUCAAAGCAUUGGAGAUAAGGAAGAAUCGCAUUGGAAUGCAAUAUGUUGGCAAACUUCUGGAGAUCAACCAAGCACUGUGUUGUUUGCAGAAAACAUGAACGCCGCUUUGUUGAUUGUAGCGCUUUCAGCCUGUCCGUUGUUAGUUUCUUCGGAUUGUGAUUUCGAAGACUUUAGAUGUUGCUUGUCUGGUUUCUUAAAUUUUAUCGAUCCAUCUGGAAUAAGACUCACAGAACAAAAUAUCGCAACUUCUUGCACGUUACGCGAUGAAGCUUUUGAAUGUUUCGACAAUUUCGAGGAUCAGUGCUUGCUAGAAGAAAUUGAAGUUCUGAAAAAAACUAUCAACCAGUCCAAAGAGUUUUUAACAAAUGUUGUAUGCUCACAAGAAUCAGAUUUCAUUUCUGGUGUAACAGAAAAUCAGGCUUGUUUCGAAAAGUCUUCCAAAAGUUUUCAAUCUUGCUUUAACCGAAGUAUUAUUCCUGAGCAUGAAAAUGAUGAUGAUGAAACGCAAUGGAAAGUUUCAUGCUGCGAAUACAAGAAUCUUCGAAAUUGCGCCAUUGAAGUGGUAGAAAACAACUGCGGUGCCAAAGCUUCUCAGUUAAUUCAUGAUGAAGUGAUACACAUCAAUGGGGCUGGUUUGGAAGCAUUAUGUGGCAAGAGAUUUGAUCAGUGUACUAACAGUGGUGUAAAUUUAGUAUCGUCAAUCGUUACUGUAUUAUUAAUUUACUUUGUAGCAACUUUUUCUAUGUUGUAAAUAUACAAUGUUUUAUUAAAUAUUUUGUUUUUUAUAUCUUUUA